GCUCUUGCAAAGCAUCAUUCCAGCUCUCCACACCUCCUCAUCAUUCUGCUUCCAUUUUCACUUGCCACUACAAGAAUUGCAGUAGAAGCAAAGCCUCAAAUACCUUUGUUUCCUUACUCCUACGUCCUCUAUAAAAGCACAAAGAAUUCAAGCUCGCACCCACCUGCAAACUUAUGUGAUCAAGAGCAGCAAGCCCCAGCCCCGGUUGAAGACUUCAAGGCGCAACUCAAACCAUGGCUAAGAUCACGGCAAUAGCGGCGGCGGCGGCGGCAAUCGCGGUUCUGCUACUGCCACUCGGGCAGGCCCAGGAGAGGCCCACCGAGGCGCACCCGCACGGGCUCCCCUACGAGAGCCCGCUCGCGCUCUCGCCGGCGGCGUACGAGUUCUUCCACCCCGGAUCGCGCGGUGAGCAGCGCGCCCGGCGAGCCGCGCACGGCGUCGCGCCGGCGCUCGCGCCGCGCGGGCAGCAGCUGAGGGAGUCCGUGGUGAGAGGAGCGUCGGCGGGCAUAGCGAGGGCCGACCAGGAGGAGGGGGGCGUGGCGCCCGUCAGCACGGUCCGGCGCGGCGCUUUUCGGGCAGUCAAGGUGGCCGGCGUGCUCGCCUGCGCCGCGGCAGUGGCGCUGGUGGCUCUCGGCGUGGCGUACGCCGUGGCGCGGCGCCGGGUGGCGCGCGGCGGCGCGGACUUGGGCGCGCCCAAGUCGAACGCGUAGUGGGCCGGUAGUGGCAAGGCUGCUUUGCUACGUGUGCUUGUCGUAGAAUUUGGGCUUGGUAGGUUUUGGGUUCGUGUAAAUUUGGAAUGCUUUGUGGGGUCGGGCGGAGGUUUUUGAGAUGCUAUUUUGGGGAAGGCCGAAAGUGGAACUGUGGAAGCAUGUGAGAAAAAGGCCCAUUUUCUGCUAGCUGACACGAGCUGUGCUGCGAACAAUGGCUCAAAAAAAAAAAAUCGGUUCUGAUCUCUUGCAUUUGAAGUUCCGCUGGCAAGUACUCACACUAAGGUUACAGUAGCUUGCACCAAGGUUACUAGUGCUUUGUAUCCAUACAAUGACCAAAAGCUUCAAUAUCCUUGGCUACAGUAGCUUGCACUAAGGUUACUAGUGCUUUGUAUCCUAAAACCAGUCGUGCUUAUGUCUCAAGCGAAGUGGUUUUUCCA